AAAAAAUCUCGGAUAUCCCACGCUGUGUUCACUCCUACAAACAAUCCGCAAGUGGAUCUGAAGGAUGGGGACUUUCUUCAUUAAUGUUACCUUCCCGGAAGCUGCUAUGUUCAGGUUGAAAAGAUAACAUGGACGAUAAUAACAACAAGUCUGACUAAUAAUAAGAUUGAAAGAACCUUCUUGUGUUGGGUCACGAAUGGGCCUGACGAUAACAGCACUAUCUUCAACUAAUCUCGAAAUAAACAAAGAAUAGUAUGAAAAUAAUACAAGACUUUGGAUCUGAGAGGGCGAAAUAAUGGAGCGAGAGGGGGAGGAGGAGAAGAAGAAAGAGGGAUCGUAUAGGUAUUGGGUGAGAGAAGCCACAUCAGACGCAGCUCCUCCUCCUCUUCCCCAGAAGCUCACUAACAACGACGUCGUCGCUUCCAAUGCUCCUGCUCUCGGCUCCCUCUGGAAUCAGGCUGGCACUUGGGAGGAGAAAAAUCUCACUAAAUGGGCCACUGAUCGAUUAAAGGAGCUGCUGGGAUCAGUGGGUUCUUUGCAGUUUUCUUCUGGAAAAGCUGAGAUUUUUGAUGUUAACAGAUGUGUUGGAGAUGCUUUCUUGGUGUCAGUUAGGAACAAGAAAAGAGUUGGCUAUACUUACGAGCUUUCCCUCAAAGUCCAAGGAGAGUGGUCUGUUGAAGAGGAAACGAAGAAGGUUAAGGGGAGUCUCGACAUUCCUGAGUUCUCAUUUGGCGAACUUGAUGAUCUUGAGGUGGAUGUGAAGCUUAGCGAUGACAAAGAGCUUUCCCAGCAACUGAAGCAGCAGAUUAGGCUGGAUAUGAAACAGUUCCUGGAGCCUAUACGCCUGAAACUCGAUCAGUUCGAGCAGGAACUCAAAGACCGACAGUGAUUGGUUGUUCUCAUUGUCUUCUUCUUUCUGUUUCAUAGCAGCCAUUUUCAGUUAGCGUCGAGAACGUGGCUAGACAUAGUAUUACAUCUUACCAGUUCUUCUUUUGUAUUCAUGCUACAUCUGUUUACCAACACGUCUCCUUUGAUAGCCAGUUCAGUUUAAUCAAUCAGCUUUUAGUCUUUUACCUAAUGGGAAUGGUUAUGUAUUGUAUGUUGUCAAUAACUUCAAAAAACAGAGUAUGAAGCCUAGAAAGCUUUUUCUUCA